UAACUCAGUAAUAUAUUGUAGAAGUAUAAAAGAGUUUAUGAUCUUUUUAAUAUUCUAUGUUUUGUUAUAAAGUAUGGAUGGAAAAAUGGACUUCGAAGUUCCUGUUCUAGCCGGAUAUCUUAAUGUACCAAUGCAAUCUAGUUUUUCUUUAAAUCGAAUAUCUAAAAAGAAAAAUUGUCACAGAUAUUGUCAAUUAUUCAAUUCAAGUCGUCAUGGUAUUGAACGACUCGAGAUUUGCGAAUCUAAAGAUGACAAGAACCCAAAAAUAGUAACGCUCGAAAAUUGCGUCAAGAUAACACAAGAACCAGCUCCGGCCAAUCUCAUACUAGUUAUAAAAAAAACAGAGUCUCUGACAUUAAACGCUUUAUCAGAGGAAGACUUAAAAGAAUGGACUAAUGCAUUACAAAUGGUUGCCUUUCGAAAUAAAAACAGUUUAAGCAUACCGCAAGCCGCGAUAGAAGAAGAUAAUGAUUUAUAUUGUAGCUCUUUUGGUGAUGGCUUAUUUUUUAUUACACUUAUUCCUUCAGAAACGUCGAUUCGUUGUAAUUUUGAAUCCAAAUCAUAUAUUCUCCAUCUGACUGCAACUGAACUUCAAUUAAAAUGCACUGAAGAUCUUAAUGAAAUAAGAGCAAGAUGGCCAUAUCGAUUUAUUCGAAAAUACGGUUACCGUGAUGGUAAAUUCACAUUCGAGGCAGGUAGAAAAUGUUGCACAGGAGAAGGAAUAUUUACGCUUGAUCAUACCAAUCCCCAAGAAAUAUUUCGUUGCAUGGCCGCAAAAAUGAAAUCUAUGAAGAAGUUAAUAAAUUGCGACAAUCACAAUAAUGACAUUAACGAUAACCAUUGGACGAUUGCCGCAAAUAUGGAGGCGGGCUCUCGAAGUCCCUUGACACCAAACAAUCAACAGUGUAUAAGUAUUGAAAGCAACUCUCAAAAUAGUGUUUCUUAUAGAGAAUUUGCGACAUCUAGCGAUUCCCUUAACAGCUGCUUUACAAACUCUAAUAACAAUUCGAUAUCGACAUUAUUGCAUCCCGUUUUAAAACAAAUCCCGAGUAAGCCACCCCGAAAAAUACAAUCAACAUUCCCCACUUCCGGAAGUUCUAAUAAAGCGCAAAUGCUUACAGCAAAUCUAAAUUUUCAACUAAAUGCUGAUAAAUUGUGCAAAUAUCAGAAUUAUGAAGCAGUUUCUAUAACAACGUCAAGUGAUCCCAAUAAAACGAUUGGGUCAACCCUUGUUAUAAAGCCGAAUUCUCCAGAGUGUGUUCACAAACAAUGUCUAACAUUGCUUAAUAAUGAAACUUUAGGAGCUGAACGAAACUAUGAAAGCAUAGAAACUGUAACUGAUGCCUGGAAAACUCUUGGGAUAGAUGAAGUACAGCAUAAGGAACGUGUUUUGGGCAAACAUUGCGAUGAGGAUUUUAAAGAACCAUGUUGGCAACGUUCCGUCCACACUUGUAAUCGCUCAUUAAAGGAAACAUUUUUACCAUCUAAAGUGUCAAGAGUAAUAGAUAUUGAUAUCGGAGAAGGAGGCGGAGGGAGUGGCAUUUCAAGUAAUUCAAGGUGUGUUGAUGAUUCGUAUGAUAGGCUAGAUUUUAUGUCACCGAAUAACAAAACAUCCAGCGGUUAUAACACCAUAAUAUCUGUCAUAUCGCCCAUUCGUAAACGCUGCAAUUCCCCCUCUUUGAGUGAUUAUGAAUUCAUUGGCAAUCCGGAAAUUGAAUUGUCCAAGAAAAACGAUAUAGACAAAACUGGAAAUAUCCGGCCUUUUAAUUCCAAUCUACCAAUAUGCCCAACUUCGAUAGCAUUAAAGUGCAACAUAGUUGGAGAAAAUUAUUUCGAACCGUCCGUAAGUCAACAAGUGUAUCAGAGUGCAAACAUAUCACCUACACACGAAAAUUAUAGUGGCAUAAAUUAUACAAUAGUUAGUAAGCCUAAAAGAGUUUGAUACUGAAUUUUUAUACAAUAUUCCCUUUCAAAAACUGUGAUUGUCGUAUCUGAAUUAGAAAUAUCUUAUUCGAUCGAUUUGCAAAAUUUGUAAAUCCAUUCUUAUGUAUUUGCGCCAUAUGAAUAUCUAUAUACAUGUUUUAUAAGAAAUUAAUAACAGUAUACAAAAUUUAAAUGAA